AUGGUUUACACUGAGUCGUGUGUUUUUUUUUUGUGCUGCGUUUUUUUCUGUAUUGUGCUGCCAUCGUCACAGUCGUCAACAAAGCCUAAUGUUAGUUGUGACACGUUGUUCGGCGACGAUUUAUCACCCGAGCAAUUACUUCGGUGGUUAACUGAUCCGUGUCGUUAUGAUAAAACCACGGCGCCGAAAAAAACCACCGAAAACCUGCCUAUCGUCAUAUCCACUAGGAUUCACGUUUACCAUUUGACAUCUGCUUAUACUAGAAAUACAGAUUUUAAAGUGCGUCUACUUGUGCAAUUCCGAUGGCGAGAUAUUCGACUAAGCUACGGUUACUUGACUUCGAAAGACGUGGCCGAAGUGAUCAGCCGCAGAGGUUUUCUGGGACGCAUUUGGAUACCCAACAUCUACAUAACGAACGAAAGGCAUUCGCUGACAGUUGCAGACAUUACCGACGACGUUUCGAUUACGGUUUUGCCCGACGGCUACGUUAUGUUCUCGGUCAGACUCAAGACGUCCGUGUUCUGUUGGGUGAAACUCGGUAGAUUCCCGUUCGACCAUCAGCAGUGUCAUCUGAUCAUGGAAAGCUGGAGGUACGACGUCAAACAGUUGAUCCUGGAAUGGGAAAUGGUGUCCCCGGUAACCGUGGCAAUCAGUGAUGGAGUGCCUUACCUGACCGAAUACAGGCUGCUGAAAAUAAUACCACAUGACGCUGAUUACUACAUUGAACCCACCGCCCUUAAUCCGAAUUCACCGUAUCGGUAUUCGUCGUUAACGUUGACAUUCCUGUUGGCCAGAGAGUAUGGAUUUUACAUUAUGGACUACUAUUUGCCCGGAGUGCUUCUGGUCAUACUGUCUUGGGUUUCGUUUUGGAUGGCUCCGGACGCGGUACCUCCUCGUGUGUUGCUCGGUGCGUUCGAACCACACAAUUGUUCAGAAGGGUCCAGCACUAUGCUCACGUUUUUCCAAUUGGGAGCCGAAACGGGUUCUAAUUUGCCAAACGUGUCUUACAUCCGUUCAAACGACGUCUGGUUCAUUGUGUGCACCGCGUUCAUAUUUCUCUCAUUGGCCGAAUUCGCUUUUGUCAACAUGAUUUGGCGUUACGGCCAUUAUCCGGUUAAGUUGAAAAACAAGUCAAACACACAAAUGUUGAAGUCGUCGAUCAAUCCAAACAAACUGGCGAAAAACAAACAGUCGCAUAAAUACGGUUCGGUUUUAAACAGGCGAUCAACCAAAGGCCCGACCGUGUUGGACGCAGAGCUUCCGUACACGAUGGAAAUGAAAGCGAUGGGCAAAGUCAAGUUCAAAGUGUCCGAAGAGGCCGACCGGCAGUUACACGGUGGAUUGACAACGACCGCUGAACACAUCGCCGUUUGGAUCGACGAGAAAAGCAGGAUAGCGUUUCCCGUCGCUUUUGUCCUGUUCAACGCGGUCUACUGGAGUUUUUUGUGGGUUUAAAGCAGGGGGUGGCAACAGUAGUUUUAAUGUGUUGCAAAAAGUAGAACUAAAGUCAGUCUACUAAGAUAGAAGAAAGAAAAUAAUUAUCGUUCAAUAUAUCGUGAUGAUAAGAUAUCAAUGAUAACAGUAUUUUGAAAAAAUAUUGUGUUUAAAUUCGAUAAA